CCAAUGACCAUCAUUCCUCACCCUUCAUCCGGAUUGAAGGGGCUCACUCAUUCAUCAAUCUGCGGACCUGGACGCAAGACUCGAGCCCGGUGAAAGAUGCUGCAGUUACUCGCAGUCGUGCUGCUUGUCUGCUCGCUUAUAGCGGCCGAGAAGCCCGAGACCAAGCGCUACACGGCGCUAACGCCCCCUCUGUCGCUUCUCCAGGGGGAAGUGACUAACACGUUCCACCGCCUCGCGAUCCCUAAGGGCCCCAUCGCCGUGUAUCGCUUCGAAGCCGACGUCGUGGAGAAAGAUGCCAGUGGUAACGUCGUGCCUGUGCCCACAUACGACGCAUAUCUCCAUCACCACGUAUUCGGCAGUACCCACAAGCAAUACGACGCCAUGAAAAGCCGCUGGGCCCCCAUGAAGCCCAAGAACUUCAGUCGUAGUGUAGCUUUCGGUGCCGGCACCGAGUGUCGCGGCACGCCGCAGGAGUUCUACUUCCCUUACGCGUUUAUGACUGUCGAGGGGGAAGACGAAUGGGUGGCCAAUGUGCACAUUAUCAACACGCGUAAAAUGGCUCCCGACCGCGCACAUCGCUGUUUAGAGUGUCCCUGCACGGCCGAAGAUGUGUUUACGGAUAAUGCGGUGAAUGGCAUUCACUUCCGCAACGGCAGCUGCAAUGCCCAGCUGCAGUUUGAAGAGAACACUGUCUGCUCCGCAGAAACGUACCAUGGAGGACUGCGUUGCUGCGAAGACGCCGAGUUUUGCCUCGAGCACAAUGAACUGGAGGUUUAUGACGCGAGUGAGGCCACUUACCACUUGCGCUACUCGCUGGAUUACGCUGAAAUCGUACCGGAGAACCGUCCGCUGUAUCUUGCGGCGUGCUGUGACGCAUCGGGGGAUCUGGAACGCAUGGGGAACAUCGAGUACGACGUGCCUGUGUGCGACCCAGACACGCAUCCUGGCUGUGUCCACACCCUGUCGACACGCCAGCGACUGGAUAAUGGCAGCAUCCCGUUGUUCGCGUAUCGCCAACAUCCGCCAGAACCAGAGCGCGAAGUGGAGCUGGUGUAUGCUGUCGGCCACCAGCAUCGCGGUGGUCUGGGCAUUCAGCUAUACGACGACGCCACGGGAGAUUUAUUGUGUGCUUCUGUACCGGAAUACGGCUCAGGAAUGGAGGCUGGCAAUGAAGACGGAUACGUUAUCUCCAUGAGCACGUGCACUUUCGAUCCGCCUCGACGCAUGCGCACAACGGACAUCGUUCGGAUCGUGGCUCUGUAUAACAACACAGUGCCUCACACUGGAGUCAUGAGUCUCAUGUACAUGGCACUGAGCGACUUCCCUCUCGAAGAUACUCCUGCUGUUAAAACAAGGAGCACAGCUGCAGCAGCUACUGCCGAGUCAUCGCCCGGAAGUUGGGAGUUGCUCUUUCUGGGCGUCGUAGCGGGAGCUGCUGCUUGUGCGCUGGUGAUGGCUGUUCUAACGCGUUGGAAACAGCGAUCGGGCUACACUCCGCUCCAGCCACGAGGUAACUAACCGACCAACACUCUUCACUGAUGGAUUCACAGAAUGCAUGUUUUUCAUGGACUUAUUUGGCCUUGUGCUUCGGCUUUUUAGCCUUGCUUUUCUCUACCUUCUUGCUCGCACUGUGAUCACGCA